AUGGGAACAAUUUUGUCAAAACAAGGUUUGUUUUUGUAAAUUACUUAACUCUUACUCGUGUAAAUGCAUCUUAUUGUGGAAUAUUUAUUUGUAUUAUCUUUAGGGAAGCAGAAUUUCGAACAAGAAGUCCCAAAAUUUAAGAUUGUACUUGUUGGUAUGUAUCAAUUAAUAUGCUCGGUUGUUGAUUUGUUAUGUUUCAUAAAUUGUUUUUUGUUUAUAAAUUAUAAUUGCUGUUUAUGUCCUUCGUCAAUGUAAAUAUCAUUAUACUAGGCACACUAGAUGACUCUAUCAGUUCUAUAAUACUGUUCUCAAAUCUCAACAAAAGGCUAAGUUGGGGGGUUGGCCAGUAUUAAAUUAAGGUCAUCCCUUAUUUGUGCUGUGUUAGCUACUAUGUUGCAGGUCGUCUGAUUUUCAAAACCAGUAUUAUCACCACUUGAAAACAUCGCCAUGUCUCUGAAUUUCGUCAUUUGUGUUAGUCAUGUUGCUAUCACAAUUCGGACAUAGUUGUUGCCAUGGUCCGUUGUCACCUGGUGGAAUUUACACAAACAGGGCAUUGAAACUUAAGUAACCAGCAAAAAGCUUUGGUGUUUGAUAGAGUCAAAUUCAAAGUACUUUCCACACAUAAUGAUGCAACAGCAUAUUGCAGGAAGGCAACCCUGAGCCUGAGGAAGCUUUCGAUGUUAAAAAACACAUGCAUUAACCAAACUAGUGUCAAUCAUUUAUACCUUAAUGCCAUAUUAUACUUACAUUUUCUCACUGUCUAUAAUAGUAUGGCCAUUAUUUUAUAGGUGAACCAGCAGUUGGCAAAAGCAGUAUAUUCUUACGUUAUACGAAAAACCAGUUUGACUACAGUUAUCAACCAAGCGUAUCUGUUGCUAUUGGCAAUGUUGUUAAGAAGAUCAAUAUUCCUUACCAAGGAGUAGUAUCUGUGGUAAUAUGGGAUGUGCCAGGACGAGAAGAGAUGGAUCUUCGAAAGAGUUAUUACAAAGAUGUGGAUGCUGCAAUUGGUUAGCAAUUACUAAUUAAUAUUAUUUGAAUUAUUAAGCCACUACCCAGCGGGCAAAAUGACGUUUAUCCAACGUUGAAUCAACGUUGGAAAUGACCUUCCAGACGUUGGAUAGACGUUGAAAAAGGUUUGACUAUGCAAAUUGGAUCGACGUUACUGUUUCGACGUUGAAACAACGUUGAAAUUAGGUUGCCAAUUUCGUCAACCAUAAUUCAACGUUGAAUCCACGUUAAAACAACGUUGAGAUUGGUUCACAAAUCGACGUCGUACAUUUAACCAUGAAUGAACGUUAAUUCAACGUCUGUUGGCUGCUGUUGAACCAAUGUUUGUAAAACAACGUCAGAGCAACGUAGAUAUUAGGUUGUCGACGUCGCAACCUUUUUUCUACCAAAUUUCAACAUUGAAACAACGUCGUGUGCCCGGUGGGUAAUGCCUGAAUAUUAUUUGAUCUUUGGCCUGGCACUUUGUUUCACAAUAUGACUUCCCAUCCUUGAUCUCAUCCGGCAUCAUCAUUCUCUUUCUUCCCCUUCGUCUUUUUCCUUCCAUUUUGCCUUCCAUCACAUCACAUCUCGUAACGACCCAUUGUGAACCCUGGCUGGUGAGGACCUCUACAUUUGUCAUUCUAUCAGUCCACUUGAUCUUUUCCAUCUUUCUCCAUAUCCAUUCAAUAACAGGUCUUCCUUAUUUCUUUUAAAUAGUUGUGGUGGAUGUUUCAGAACCAGAUACAAUUGGUUUAGCUCCCACAUGGAAACAGGAUGUUCUGAAUCAUGCCCAGUUUACUGUAGCACACAACACAGCAAAUGAGAGUAGAGAUGCUAUUAUGGCUUCAUCCAUCCCUGUUUUACUCCUGGGAAACAAAGCUGACAAAUUAGAG